AUGACCAAUACAUCGCAUCCUAGUGUCUACUCGUCGUUAGCGUACCAAUUGGCAGCAACUUUGGAUGGUCAUUCGUGCGGCCACCCCCAUUCUGCUGAAGGUUCCAGCUUCCUUAGCACCACCACCGUCGAUUUGAACGAAUUGUUAACCAGAAAACAAAACUCUGAAGAUACUGAUAUCUUGGACACCCAAAACUUCUACAAAUAUGACAAUUUCACCCCGCAAUCUCUCAAACACUCAAAACCGUGGAAGAUCAACCCGACAUAUUUCCAGACUGUCUACAUCUCAUCAUUGGCCCUUAUGAAAAUGACAAUCCACGCGGAUUCUGGUGGGGAUAUCGAAGUCAUGGGGAUGUUGAUUGGCAAAAUUAUCAACAAAGGAAUGGUCGUGAUGGACACUUACUCGUUGCCGGUUGUCGGCACAGAAACUAGGGUCAAUGCCCAGGCAGAAUCAUACGAGUAUAUGGUUAGUUAUUUGGACCAUUUAAAGAAAUCGGGGUACAGAAACGAAAAUAUCAUUGGUUGGUAUCACUCUCAUCCUGGUUAUGGGUGCUGGUUAAGUGGGAUAGACGUUGCCACUGAAAGUUUGAAUCAGAAAUUUCAAGACCCAUAUUUGGCCAUCGUUAUCGAUCCAAAAAAGACCAAGCUCGAUGGUAAAGUGGAAAUCGGGGCGUUCAGAACCUAUCCAGAGGAUGCUGAUGUUCUGAGUCCGGCGAACACCACUACCGUGGAAAUGGAUGGCUCUAAUGGAACAGUAAUUCCAGAUGUCAAAUUGAAGGACUUUGGUGCUCACUGUUCGGAAUAUUAUUCGCUUGACGUAAAAGUGUUCAAAUCAAAAUCUGAUGAAUCGGUAUUGAAGUUAUUAUUGGAUAAUUAUUGGAUUUCUGGGCUAACGGACUUAAUUGACGAUGAUGAUGACGAGGAUUUGAAUUUGUUAAAUAAAUUGGACACCAUCAUUGAUACUCGAUUAAUUUCCGCCAUCAACAAAUUCGACAAAAAUUACCCCAAAAUUAGCGCCAAACUCUCCAAAAAAUCUGAUAACAAAAUAAAUCUUAAAAAAAAAGUGGUUGCCAAAAAACCAGAGUUUCCGGGGUUAAAAUUACCAAACUACGAAGUGGCGUCGAAUAUUGAAAUCAUGAAACUACAUCAACAUCACCAGCUUGGCAAAAAAAAAAAAGAUGAUGAAAUCUCGGAAGAUUAUUAUGAUGAGGAGGUUUAUGAUGAAGAUGAAGAUUAUGAAGAAGAUGAUGACGGUGAUGAACUUAGUGGUUUUAUGAAUUCUCGGAUGACAGAAUCGCUUAGUACUUUAAAGCCACUAAAUGAAGUUGUUCCUCUCGUGGAUAUAAAUAUGAAGGAGGUCGAUGAUGAAGAUAUGGAAGAAAACUACAAUUCGGUGGACUCUGACACAUCCAUCGACAAUAUUUCAACAUUUUCUUCGUCUUCCGGGGUCAUUACGAAUCCUAAAUCGAGCAGCCACGCUAGCAAGAUCAACAGUGGUAGUAGUAGCGCGACAUCGGAAAUAGAAGCCAAAUCCUCGGUAGCUUCAGAAAUAGAUGAUGAAAAAAAAUCAACAGAAUUUGAUUCACGGUAUCGUCGUGGCAAAAAUAUUGGUGGGUACUAUGAAACGCUUCAAGCGGUGUCUAGGAAAUCCAGUUCUGGUGCACAUCAUGAGAGGCAACAGUCGUCGACCAAUAAUCAGAAUAAGUUUACAGAAAUUGGGAAUGAGCUAGCCAAUUUAUCUAAUUUGACAAAGAGUAUUGCUGGUGAAGACUUGAGAAAUUCUAUAAGCUUGAAAUUGCAACAGGAACUCUUUUUUUAA